GAGCAGGAGGAGGGCCUACAGCUAUUGUUCAUGCCUGCCCUGGAAACAAAGGGCUUAACGGGGUCUGUUCGCAGGACCACAGCGGGCUUUCGCCUCUGGAGAGGGCCUUGUAUUAAUAUAACUUCAACGGACUGCUUUACGUGCCGUCUUUUCAAUCGCUGUUCCUCCAAGUCAUUCAAGCUGUACUCCCCAAAGGAGCCCCCCAACGGCAGCGCCUUCCCCCCUUUCCACCCCGGCACCAUGCUGGACAGAGACGUGGGCCCAACGCCCAUGUAUCCCCCCACAUACUUGGAGCCAGGCAUAGGAAGACACACACCGUAUGGGAACCAGACAGACUACAGGAUAUUUGAGCUCAACAAACGGCUACAGAGCUGGUCAGAGGAGUGUGAUAAUGUGUGGUGGGAUGCCUUUACCACAGAGUUUUUUGAGGAUGACGCCAUGCUUACAAUCACAUUCUGCCUGGAGGACGGCCCCAAACGCUACACGAUUGGCAGGACAUUGAUUCCACGGUAUUUCCGGAGUAUAUUUGAAGGGGGGGCCACUGAAUUGUACUACGUGCUGAAGCAUCCUAAGGAGUCCUUCCACAAUAACUUUGUGUCUCUGGACUGUGACCAGUGUACGAUGGUCACUCAAAAUGGAAAACCCAUGUUCACACAGGUGUGUGUGGAGGGUCGUCUGUAUCUGGAGUUUAUGUUUGAUGAUAUGAUGCGGAUAAAGACGUGGCAUUUCAGCAUCAGACAACACAGAGAACUCAUCCCCCGCAGUAUCCUGGCCAUGCAUGCCCAGGAUCCACAGAUGCUGGAUCAGCUGUCUAAGAACAUCACGAGAUGCGGCCUCUCGAACUCCACUCUCAACUACCUCCGACUGUGUGUUAUAUUGGAGCCCAUGCAGGAGCUGAUGUCCAGGCAUAAGACUUACAGCCUGAGCCCCAGGGACUGUCUCAAGACCUGUUUGUUUCAGAAGUGGCAGAGAAUGGUUGCUCCACCAGCGGAGCCGGCGAGGCAGGCGCCCAAUAAGAGACGGAAGCGUAAGAUGUCGGGUGGCAGCACUAUGAGUGCAGGCGGUGCUUCCAACAAUAACAGCAACAACAAGAAGAAAAGCCCGGCAAGCAGCUUCCCUCUGUCCAGCCAAGUACCCGAUGUGAUGGUUGUAGGAGAGCCCACUCUGAUGGGCGGGGAGUUUGGGGACGAGGACGAGCGUUUGAUCACACGGCUGGAGAACACGCAGUUCGACGCUGCAAACGGCAUCGACGACGAAGACAGCUUCAAUAACUCGCCCGCGCUGGGCGCCAACAGUCCCUGGAACAACAAAGCGCCCUCCAGCCAGGAGAGCAAGAGCGACAACCCCACCUCGCAGGCCUCACAGUGAGACUGAGGGCGGGAGGGACAGGGCUUUGGGUCGGGAGGGGUUUUGAAGGAAGGAGGAGGCGGUGGUAGCCAUGUCGCGAAAAAAAAAAAAAAAAAAGGGGCGACUCACUCAUCUACCUACAGAACCAGGCUCACAAAAUGGCCCACACCUCUGGUCCCUGUGUCUCAGUAUGUUUGUGGAGGCUUAGGGUGAGGCAGAGCAGAUCUGAGAUAGAGAUGAAGUUUUUGGACCAGAGGUGAGAGCCAGAACUUUGAUAUAUUACACACAGGGCAACAGUGGAGGAUAUCUUGUACUGGGAUUUGUGUCAGUAUGGUCACAAACAUAUUUGUUGGUGUUUUAUGAAGUAAAUAACAUUCUGAGGAUGUGGAGAUUGUAGAUCCAGUAAAUUAUGAGGUAAUUUGUCCUCAGUGCGAAUGUUGAUGGCAUAAAACACUAAUCUGUACCACACGUAGUCACCUGACAGUACGUAAGAACAUACUGCAGGUCUCUCUUUGCCUCUUAAAAACAGUUCAGUUCAUUAAAUCAGUGACCACAUGGAUCCUAGUGGGCCUCCUCCCACUGUGCAAUUGUUGGGAAGGGUUCGUUCUUUUAAGGGUGAAAAGAGAGCAUUUAAAACUCAGCAUUUUGGAAAAAAAAAAAAGUUUUAUCCACAUUUUAUACCAGCCUCGAUUUCCCUAGAAUGUUUUUAUUUGAUUUUUUUCUUUUUUUACCGACAUUGAAAGCUACAGACCAAGGAGCUAUGGGAUCUUCAAGGUCCUUUAAAUCUCAACCCUCAAAUUAUAUUGGUUUGUAUUAUUUUUUAAAAGAGAGUAAUUUAGUGUGGGCUUUUAUUUCUUUUGUGUAACUUGUGCUUGUAUAUUUAAGGUAGUAGCAGAGUUCUGUAUAACUGUAUUGAAAUGUAUUCUUCCUUAGAGUUACCUAAAGCCAUCCUGAUCUAAUGUGUAAAAAAAAAAAAAAAGAAGAAAAAAAAAGAGAAAAAACACAAGCGUCCUCCUUUCCCUCUCUUGAAUUUAUGCAUUUGUGUAAAACUGAUUAAAAUCAAGGGUACAGUCACCAUACAAGAAGGCAGAUGUUUUUUUUCCCUUUCCAUCCUGGAAUCCUCAGUAUUUAUCUUUCAUUUUCUGGGCUGUUUAUUCACGUCCUGGAGUCUCUGUGCAUCAGUAGCUUGACGCUGGGCAGAAACAGUAGAAUCUAAAAGACCACACAAUCGAACUAUGUUGUCAUAAAGCUUUAUUUGAAAUAUCAGCACAUCACCAGUGUUUGACAUUACAGUUUGUGCGGCAUGUAUUCUUUCUCCUUUCACAGACACACACCCUCACAGAAUUCAUACACAAAAGCACUGGAGAUUAUAGGUUCUCAGUUGAUAUACUGCUAAAAACAAUACCUCUGUAAUUCACCUCACAGUUGUCUGAAUCAUAUGUAUAUCCAGAGGCACCGUGGGAAAUAAUGUACCGACUUCUUUCUUUUCUUUUCUUUUUUUUUUUUUUGAUUCUCAUGCCCAGUGUAAUGAGUGUAAAUUUCAAAUUGUAAUAUUUCUCUCAGCCUUGCACUUGCAAAUGAGACUGAAUUGUGACCUGUUCCUCUGCAGACCCUGUAGAAACCCCAUUUGAUACAUCUAUUUUUGUUUGUUUGUUUGUUUCUCUUAGUUUCUGCCCUUGA